CUGCGACUGGCUUUGAACUUGUGAUCCUCCUGUCUCAGCCUCCCAAGCCACUGGGAUUACAGGUUUUGUGCAGUACAAUCCUGUGUAUGAAAUGCAGUUAACACAUCAACUGGACCUAUUUCCUGAAUGCAGGGUGACCCUUCUAUUAUUUAAAGAUGUAAAAAAUGCUGGAGACUUGAGAAAAAAGGCCAUGGAAGGCACCAUUGAUGGUGCACUGAUAAAUCCUGCAAUGAUUGUUGAUCCUUUUCAGAUACUUGUGGCAGCAAACAAAGCAGUUCACCUCUACAAACUGGGAAAAAUGAAGACAAGAACUCUACCUACUGAAAUUAUUUUCAACCUGUCCCCAAACAACAAUAUUUCAGAGGCUUUGAAAAAAUUUGGUAUCUCAGCAGAUGAUUCUUCAAUUUUAAUUGUUUAUGUUGAAGAGGGAGAAAAACAAGUAAAUCAAAAACACCUAAUAUCGCAAGUAGAUGGUCACCAGAUUUCUCUGAAAAAUCUUCCUGAAAUAACAAAUAUUUCUGAAGUCAAAAAGAUAUAUAAAGUUUCUUCACAAGAAGAAAAGAUUGGUACAUUAUUGGAUGGUAUCAUUAGUAGAAUGUCAACAAAAGAUGUUUUAUAAAAUGUUAGAAAUAUUAACAGAAAAUUUCAGCUUUAAAGAAAACAUUGAUUUUUCAUUCCUGUUUAUAAAAUUAAUAUAAGUUCAUUAUAGAAGAAAAUUGUUUUCAUGAGACAGGAUUGAACCCAGGGCCUUGUGCCAGGUAGGCAAGUGCUCCACCUGAGCUGUACUUCCAACCCUAUAAAAUAAAUAAAUAAAUAAAUCACAGAAUGAGAUUUAAAAAGAAUACUCCUAAUUGUACCAUUUUUACUAAUACUAUUUUUGUUGUUGUCGUCUAGUCUUCUAUUUGUA